AUGCCUUCGCCUACGGGAGACGCACACCGAAUGCCAUGCUCAUGGCCACUGCUCGACAAGAUGUCUCGACCGACUUCAUCCUCCUCGGCCUCAUCAUCGAGCUCCUCCUCCUCCUCUUCGGCGAGCAUGACAGCAGGGGCAUGCCUCAGGAGGCUCUCCGACAUGACGAAUCUGGGCACGAUGACGAGGAGGCAAUCAUACGAAACAAUCCACAGCGACGACGCCUUCUACUCCGCGCCCGAAGACAAUAAUGCUGCCCACCCGAACUCUUGUGAACAAGACGCUCGCGAGAGUCCCGCUGCCAGGGGCGCCAACGACCCCGCAGCGUGCCGACGGGCCCUCCCCGAAAGCUAUGAUCCCGAUUUCGAGAGCCCCGGCGGCCUGAUCAGGUUCGCGAGGAAUGCCGCUUGGCUUCCGACGUCGACCCUUGGCGAGGAGGGAUUUCAAGAAGGAGAAGGAGGAGGAGCAGAAGACCCCAGUCUUUUUCGAAGCAAACGCGCCGACUCCUCGCAAUACGAAACCUUCCCUCCGCGCUUCAUCGUGCCGGAUGAAGAAGAAGAUGAACAAGAAGAAAAAGAAGAAGAAAAAGCAGAAGAAGAACCCCAGAUGUACAACGAAGACUGGCCCCUACGAGCUUCGCCACCCCUGUGCACCGCCGCGGACCUCACGCAGCCGGAGCGAGCAGGCCCAGCGCUGCACAACGCCCUCGAAGACUUCCCCGCUCCUUCCUCCCCGUCCCCCCUCCCUCUGAUCGCGCCCUGCCCGUCCUCGACCACGACCUCCACGACCACGACCCCACCCCUCCCUUCGACGCCGUCCCCGCGGACCGUGCUCCCCGCGGUGGCGGCCGGCCCUGCCCUGCCGCCGUCGUCCCCCAGCACGCCGCUGUUCGCGGCCUAUUUCCCCGCGCACACGCGGCUCGCCCCACCGACAGCGGCAUCGGCGGCGGCGGCAGCGGCGGCAGCAGCAUCCUGCCCCCCAUCGCCCCGCCGGCGACGGGAACGGGGACACCACCACCGCACGCUGUGGGCCGCGCCCCUGGACCCGCGGUCCUCGCGGCCGGACGUCGCCUGGGCGCCCGCCAAGCGCUGGACGUGCUGCCGCUGUCGCGCGCGGACGAUCGUCGAGCAGAGGGUCUGCUGCAAGGCGGUCUGUGCGCACCGGAGGUGUUUCUCGGGAGGGGGAGGGGGUUGUUAUAUGGCGGUGGAGGUGGGCGGAGGUGGGGUCGGUGGUGGGUUGUUGGCGGGGGGAGGGUAUGGGUGGGAGGGAUGA